AUGCGGCGCUUCCUCGCGUCGGCACCCCACCGACGUUGGUUGUCGACCAAUCCUUGGACGCGUCCCGUCGGCGAAGGCGCGCUGCUCCUGCGCUUCGGCACGGGCAUCGACGACGCCGUGAGCCGGCGCGUCCUGGCCUACAAGGCGCGGCUCGAGGCCGCGCCCCCGCUCGCCGGCGUCACGGAGGUGCUGCCGGCCUACGCGUCGCUGCUCGUGCACUUUGACGCCACGACGACGACCGCCGGCGCCGUCGAGGCCUGGGCCGCGGCCGCGGGCGACGGAAAAGCGGGCGAGGAGGCGACGGAGGACGCGCGCGUCGUCGAGAUCCCCGUGAACUACGGCGCCGAGUACGGCCUCGACCAGGCCGAGGCCGCGGCGAUCGCGGGGCUCGCUGGACCCGCGGAGGUCGUGGAGAGGCACGCCGCGGGCGACUACCGCGUCUUCUUCCUCGGCUUCACGGGCGGCUUCCCGCGGCGAGCGGCGUACCUGGGCGGCCUCGACGAGGCCCUCAAGGCCGUGCCGCGGCUGACGACGCCGCGGCAGCUCGUGCCGCGGGGCGCCGUGGGCAUCGCCGCGGGCCAGACGGGCGUCUACACGCUCGACACGCCCGGCGGCUGGCACCUGCUCGGGCGGACGCCCGCGACCCUCUUCGACCCGGCCCGGGACCCGCCGGCCCUGCUCCGCGCGGGCGACCGCGUCCGGUUCGUGCCGAGCGAC